GCCUGGCUAGCACCAUGUCACAGCAUUGGGUGCUCCGCCUUAUAAAGACCUUUGGUAAUCGGUUAAGCGAAGUAAAUCAUGGCUUUAUUGUAUUAUUGACACUCAAAUUGCUGUGCAUUGUAAUGUUGAUGGACUACUACUAUCUCUAUUAUGGCCACGAUCUGCUCUAUUGGCUUAAUGAAAUCUCACAGAAUCCACUUGAAUGGAUAUUAUCAGUCAUCGUCUUGGCUACCACUCUGCACGUUGUCAUGUCCUGUAUUGAGGUAACUUUAUUCGAAACUCUUAUUAGACGCAACACGUCUCGUUACAACAAACCCCGUCAGUAUUUUGAGGAGCGAUAUAGACGGUUUGUGAUCAUGCGUUUGGUGCAACAUCUAGAAAACGCGCUGCUGAUGCAAAAACGCUACACGGGGCAGGAACAAAUCCGACCAGACAGGAAAAUGCUAGAAGAUUUGCUCUUAUUCCAUCAACAGAUCCAUCAAGCGGUCAACAACUUUCGCAGUUCGGUGGCAGUGUUGUUGUGGCCAAACCGAGCAGAUCUUCAGAUGGAUGCCUAUGUUUUGUAUCACAUUGAUGAGGCACAGCUCGAAGAGCUUUUAAAUCAGGGUUAUAGUCUAAAUAUACCUGACAUGAGUGCCAUUUGUAAUGAAUACUUCAAGAGAUUGCUUAAUCCAGCUGGAUAUUAGUAGGCACAACAACAUUUUGCCAACUAUAACAUCAAUAAAAUCGUCGUAUCGUUGUCUAUAUUGAAUAUAA